AUGAUCGAUAACACGACAAUCGUGUCAAUAAACGCGACUUCCUCUAAUGUUUUUCACCGUUCACUUGCCAAUCAACCCUUGCAAGCUGUACGAGCAGAAGGCAACUAUAUUUAUCUUAAUGAUGGACGUAAAUUACUUGAUGGUAGCAGUGGUGCUGCCGUAUCAAGUAUUGGUCAUAGUGAUAAGCGAAUCAUUGCAGCUAUUCUCGACCAGUUGCAAACUGUUGAUUAUGUACAUUCUGGAGCCUUUAGUAGCAAGGCAACUGAGGAACUAGCUAACGAACUCGCUAAAGCAACUGACAUGGCGAAAGUCAUAUUUGUCUCUGGUGGAUCUGAAGCCAUAGAAUCAGCGAUCAAGCUCGCUAGACAGUAUCAUUUGGAAAACAAGCAACCUGAAAGAAUCAAUUUUAUUGCUCGUCAACAAAGUUAUCACGGCAAUACGCUUGGUGCGCUUGGCCUAUGUAGUCACAAACCACGUCGUGCUCCAUUUUUACCAUAUUUCUCAUCUCAUUUUCAUCAUGUUUCACCUUGCUUUGCUUAUCAUUACAAGUUGGUCGACGAAUCUGAUGAAGCUUAUGUGAAGCGUUUGGCUGAUGAACUGGAGGCGAAGUUUCAAGAACUUGGUCCUCACACGGUGGCGGCUUUUUUUGCUGAGACAAUUGUUGGCGCCACAAGUGGUUGCACUCCAGCAGUGCCUGGUUAUUUCAAGGCAAUCCGUGAAGUGUGUGAUCGGCAUGGUGCUCUCUUUGUUCUCGAUGAAAUUAUGUGUGGCAUUGGUCGAACGGGUAAAAUGCACGCAUGGCAAUGGGAGAAUCUCUCAUCUCCGCCGGAUAUUCAAGUCGUUGGAAAGGGACUAGGUGGUGGUUAUGCUCCUCUUGGAGCAGUUCUCAUCUCAGCCAAAGUUGUCAACGUCUUCACUACCGGAUCAGGUACAUUCAUCAAUGGAUUUACCUAUCAAUCGCAUGCUGUGGGAUGUAGAGCAGCUGUAGAAAUUCUCAAAGUGAUGAAAGAAGAUGGAUUGAUUGAACAAUGUUAUCAACGUGGAAUCUUCUUAGAAAAGUUACUUAAGGAACGGUUGGGUGAUCACCCGUAUAUUGGUGAUAUUCGGUUAGUUUUCAAGAUUUUUCUUCUUGCUAAAAGAAUAAUUCACUAUCAGAAUCUCGAAAGUAAAAAACUUCAGUAA